AUGAAUCAAGCCUCAAAUGCAUCGGGUACUACCCACACCACUAUGACCAUUUUGGACGAUGGCAACAGUUCCAUUGGCAGCACAUCCAUUUUGAGUAAUGGCUAUGAUUUCAAUCAUGAACACGACCACGAACAAGACCAUGACACAACCAGCAAUACAACAAUAUCACAGAAUUCCCAAUGCUAUACGGAAAGAAUGCGCCAGAGUAAUGUACCCAUAGUAGACACAGAUAUUGUCACACAUCGUAUAUACUGCUAUCGCAAACGCGUUUACAUCGAAUACGAUCAUCUACAGUUGGCCACUUGCGAAGAAAUAUGCAUAGAUCUAAGUCGUAGAUUGGGUAUUUUGCCGAAUACCAGACUUCUAUUCGGUUUGAGAGUGUUCGACGAUGACAACAACGAACAAUGGUGUCUUCCGGGCCAGCCCUUGAGUCCCGGUGUGGUCUACUGUUUUCGUAUGCGUUUCAAAGUCCCCUUAAUAGAUGGCCAACUGCAAUCGAUGGAUCCAAAUGCCUAUGAAUAUCUGUACAAUCAGAUGCGUUACGAUAUGGUCCAUGAGUGUAUACCCUCAAUACGUUAUCCGAGGAAAAAAGAUAACGUCAUGGGUCUGGGUGCUGUUGAUAUGUAUAUUGAUUAUUUGGAGCAACGCGGAACAGUUGAACGCAUCGAAUCGAAUUAUAAACGUUAUUUACCCCGCCCCCUGGUCAAGGCGCAUAUUUUUGUAAAACGUAAAAUAUGCAAUUCGUUUCGAUCGCUUCGUCAAAGAAACAUCGAGUUGGUACGUGUCAAAUGGAAUUACGUAUUGGAAUUGAAUAAUUUGGCACCGGAUUAUCUACUGGAAACAUUUGCUGGAUUUGUGGAUUUUAUACCGGGAGAUAUUUUGGCGACGGUGCCAAAUGAUGGUGGCGGUGAUGGUGGUGGUGGACAAAUUCAAUCGAGUUCGACCACUGUUAAAGUUUGUAUCAAAUUGGAUUUAUUUGAUAGUCCAGAGCCGGGAUUGAAGGUGGCCCGAAGAACGUGUAAAGAUACUUUGGAGUGGGUUUUAGUCAGUAAACUGGAGAAUAUUUAUGCCGUAUACACCCGUGGGGUCAGUCCAAAUACAAUAAAUUGCCGUUUGGAAAUUACCGGCAUGCCAAAUGGUUAUCGCAUUGAAUUUGACAGUAAAAUUCAAUUGGAAGCAUUCAUUUCUUAUCUCUCUGGUUAUAUGAGAUUAACAACAAAAUGGAUGGUAAAUCUAUGUAUGCAAUAUGUUACACCCUCACUGGAGGAGUUAAUGACACUGCACUGUCAUGGUCCAAUUGGUGGCGCCUUUUCAUUUGCCAAGAUACGUGAACAAGGCGACAAAUGUGGCAGUUAUAUUAUUCGCCAGUGUGAGAAAGAAUAUGAUACAUAUUAUAUUGAUAUCAAUACGAAAUCAAUAUCCGAAGGUCUACAACCGUUAAAAUUCAAAACCGAAACCUUUAAAAUAACCAAAAAAGUCAAUCUAACGAAUACGAGUCCAUGCGUGCGAACGGUAAAAUGGAUUCUACACUAUAAUGGUAGUAUGGAAGCAUUUGAUAAAUUAACAGAUCUGGCAAAAUUCAUACCAACCGAAUCGGAUAGAAAAUUUCGUAUAUCGCCGUCCGAUAAUGAUCGAUCACCGUUAUUGUUGAUAUGUUUGCCAAAAAAUGUGCAAUCGAAAAAGACUGAAAAGGAGUUGAGCGAAGCUGAACUCCAACGAGAACGUGUUAAAAUUUUAGAUUUAUCCAAGGAUUUGCAAUGGUAUCACAAUUCAUCACGAGAAUGUGACAAUGGGCGUAUGAUAAAAAUGAAAGCCGAUUGGAUACAAAAUGAUGGCUAUAAAGAUGUUACGGUCACACUAAAAGUUCUAAAAUUUGAAGAUGAUUUUCCGCUAUUUAGAAGUUUAGCCAAUACACUGAGUCGCAUCCAGUCACCCCAUAUCAUUAAGUUAUUUGGCAUAACACUGGACUCACCCUAUACAAUGGUCAUGGAAUAUUCCGAAUUUGGUCCGCUGAAUAAGUUCUUAAUGGACAAUAGCGCAAAAGUUUCGUUACGUCAAUUAAUCGAUGUUGUUUAUGGUUUGGCGAGAGGAUUAUUUUAUUUGAGAAAUCAUCACAUUGUCCAUGGCUAUUUAAGAUGUUCCAAUCUUUAUGUUACUAAAUUCGAUCCGAAGACAAAUUUACUCGAAGCAAAAAUUUCGGGGCCAGGUUUCCCACGACCGUAUCGUAAGGAUGAAAUUCCCUGGAUACCAUUCGAAUAUCAUCGUAAUUUGAAUGCGGCCAAAAAUGACCCGGACAUUGACAUUUGGGCAUUUGGUACAACCGUUUGGGAAAUAUUUGCCCGUGGCGAACCUAUUGGCAAUAAAACAACAGAAAUGCUUAGGCAAAACCUAAAUAAAUGUGGUGGCAUUCUGGAGAAACCCAAAGAUUGUCCGGAGGAAAUGUUUAAGGUGAUGAUGGAUGGUUGGAAUACAGAUCCGGAAAUCAAUUUUGACUAUAUGCAAAUAUUAAGGCAUUUAAUUGCUGCCCAAGAAGCCCUCUCGGAUAAAUCGUCUUCUACGAAUGAUGUCAAUGUUGAUGAAAAUAUCGAAGUGGAAUUGAAAGAAACUGCCAAUGAUCAUGCCCGCCAUCACAAUGGCUUUGCCAAUGAAAGUAAUGUCUUCAGUUUUCCCAGUUAUUUCAAUGCCACAAAUUCGGUACUUGAGAUACCCAAUGGCAAGGUUAUAUUUCGUCAACGAAUUGGUGAGGGUCAUUAUGGUACUGUGCACUUGGGUGAGGUGCGCUAUAAUAGUCCAAACAAUGCCCGAGAAUAUGUUGCCAUAAAAACUUUGAAAUCAGCCAGAGCUCCACAGCUUAGUUAUGAUUUUAUGCGGGAAAUUGAAAUAAUGGAGUCAUUGGAUCAUCCGAAUAUUGUGAAAAUAAAACAUUGGAUUCAACGACCAUUUUGCAUAAUUAUGGAAUAUUUGGAAAGUGGUUCAUUUUUAGUUUAUUUAACAUCGAAGAAACCAAAUCUCACCAAUGAAAUUCUAUUAGGUUUUGCAUUGGAUAUUGCCAAGGGUAUGGAUUAUUUGGCCAGCAAAAAUAUAAUACAUCGGGAUUUGGCGGCACGUAACAUUUUGGUCGACAGAGACAGUGUUAAAAUUUCCGAUUUCGGUUUAGCCCAACGUGCUGAUUCCGAUGGUUAUUAUGUGGCCCAUAGUAGCCGUGAAAUACCAAUUAAAUGGUAUGCACCUGAAGCUAUCAGAAGAGAUGCAAAAUUCUCAUCGCAGUCGGAUGUAUGGUCAUAUGGUGUUACCUUAUUCGAAAUGUUUUCUCGUGGAGAAUCACCAAAUUUAGAUCCGAAUAUAGAUUUAACACAAGAUGAAUUUCUAAUGCGUUUAGAAAGAGGCGAUCGUUUAAGGAAACCUAAUUUAUGCCCCAACAAUGUUUAUGAACGUCUCAUGAAGCCAUGUUGGGAUGCCAAUCCAAAGAUGCGACCAACUUUCCGGGAAAUUAUUGGUGUCAUACAGUCAAUUAACAAUGAAAGCAUCAGCACUAUACCAAAGUCAGAUUUUAAUAUAUCUCCACCCACAUCUCCUACAUCAUUAAAUUAAAU